AUGACCACUUUAAUUCCGCGCGAGCCCUACUCCAGGGAGGAGCUCGACCGUCUAUACCCGAAGGACCUGAAGCUGCAACUCGUGCAGGUGUUCCUGCGUCAUGACUGGCCGUAUUGCGGUGUCGCGCGGCGUAUGGUCCAAAUGGCCUCGAGCAGCCAGGACCUCUCGGCAUGGAAUGGAUUCCAAUGGCGGCGGAAGAUGGAGGCAUUCGGGAAUAACGACGAGUCCGUGGUUGCCGUGGGACCCACCGGAGAGAUUGAGGCUAUGUGCCAGCACGGAGAGCUCACCGACAAGGGGCGCGAAACAACAUAUGCAUUGGGCCAGCGUCUGCGCCAUCUCUACGUCGAUCAGCUGGGGUUUAUGCCCCAGAUCAAAUCGGAUACUGAAGAUAUGUACCUCCGCGCAACGCCGAUCCCGCGUGCGCUUGAGUCGCUCCAGCAGGCUUUUUGGGGCAUGUAUCCAGCUAGCGCGCGCACGCUGAAUUUCCCGCCUCCUGUGAUUGUCGCCCGCUCGGUUUCUGAGGAGACUUUGUUCCCAAAUGAAGGGAAUUGUCGACGCUUCCGGCAGCUGGCGAGGCUGUUUGCUGACCGCGCUGCAAAGCGAUGGAACGACUCCGAGCAAAUGAAUUACCUCAAUAGUCUCUGGUCUAAGUAUAUGCCCGAGACCUCGCCCAAGGUCGCAGUUGAUGCUCAUCCGCGUCUCUCGGGAAUUAUGGAUACCAUCAAUGCAACUGAUGCUCACGGCCCAGCCACAAAGCUGCCCUCUGAGUUUUACGACAAGAAGGGUCGAGCCGUCAUCGACCGGAUUGCCGUCGAAGAGUGGUUUGCUGGUUACUCCGAGAGCAAUGAGUACCGUCGCCUGGGCAUUGGUGCUCUGAUGGGCGACGUGGUUGACCGCAUGGUCAGUACCGCGGUGGAUGGCGGCUGGCGCAGCUCGAGCGCUGCUUCUGGGUCUGCAAACGCAGAGGAUGGCAAGAACAUCAGGUUCGCCAUGAGCGGGUGUCACGACACGACUCUCGCAUCAAUUCUGUCCAGUGUUGGCGGGUUCCAGGAUGAAUCGUGGCCGCCCUUUACCUCUUCAAUCGCCAUUGAACUGUUCUCUCGGUCUUCACGAAGCGGUGCUGAUGCGGGUACCAUGCUCGAGGAGUUCUCGAACCCGGUCAUUGCGCCCAAGAAGCCCGGCAUGCUUUCGAAGUUCUUCGGCAGUAGCAAGUCGUCCGUGCAGCCACCUUCGGAAACUGCUCGUGCACCUAUCUCCUCUUUUCCGGUUGAGACGCGCGAGUCGCUGCGCAAGCACUACGUCCGCAUCCGCUACAAUGACCGCCCCGUCCGCAUCCCCGGCUGCGCGGCCAAGGCCGAGAACCACCUCCCCGGCGAUGACACUUUCUGCACCCUAGACGCCUUCAAGGAGAUCGUCGACAAGUUCACGCCCAAGAACUGGCAAACCGAGUGUAUGGAAAAUCUAGGCGAAGGCCUCCACGGGCCGAACGAUCGCGAGCGCUCUCCAGCUGGGUUUUAG